GUAUCCCGUCACCAACCAACAGUUUCUAAAAUUCAUCAGGUCGAAAGGAAAACGUUUCAAGACGGACUCAGAAAAGAUCGGGUGGAGUUACGUGUUUCAGGAUUUAGUGUCUGAAGAGGUGAAGCAGAAUUUUACGGUAGAAAACGUUACACAGCUCGCCCCGUGGAUGUUACCCAUACGUUAUGCCAUGUGGAGUCAGCCGGCAGGACCAAGAUCAAACAUCAAUGACAAGCUACAACACCCUGUCGUGCACGUGCGGUGGACCGAUGCGGCGGCGUACUGCUACUGGGCGGGCAAGCGCCUCCCCACCGAGGAGGAGUGGGAGGUGGCCGCGAAGGGAGGGCUAGACGGGAGGAAACUGCCCUGGGGAGGCCGCUACUCACCGCAAAGGCUGAACAUCUGGCAGGGCUCGUUCCCAGACAACAACACUCUUGAAGAUGGGCACUUCUCGACGUCAUCCGUUCUGUCGUUCCCAGAGCAGAAUGAUUACGGUAUGUAUGACGUAGUGGGGAACGUGUGGGAAUGGACCAGCUCCCAAUACGUCCCACCGGGCAUGCGCAAAGAGGAGGCAGAUGAGAGGAAGUACGUGUUGAGGGGAGGGUCAUGGCUCGACUCUAAGGACGGAUCAUUCAACUACAGGGUUCAGGUCACUACCAGGAAAGCACAAGCAUCUGACAUCGGUUGCGACCACGUGGGUUUUCGCUGCGCCCAGUCGGUGGUGCCGACAUCUAGCGACAAGGUGCGGUACGUCAGCAAGGUCAACCUGACCAAUCAGGCCAAGAGGCCAAAGGUCAGGCACCUGAAGGACCAGAAGAAGAAAAAGAGACCGCCGCCGCCCCCUACCCCGGCGCCACGACGGACCAACACCCCCCGACCCAGGGGGAAACCGAGGAAGAGCAAGAGGGGGAAGAGAAACGACGAAUUGUAG